AGAUGUCAACGUUGGUUUUGGUCACUUGUCCUGACUCUAUGCCUGAUAGGUUUUGUUGCUCAUUUAAUCGAUUUAGUUCAACAAAAGCUGAGAUAUACACAUAUGUACACCUCUAUCACUAUUAUGGACGAUCUACGUCGAGCUGAAGAUGCAGACUUGCCUCAGUAUCCGGCAAUAACAUUAUGUACUCACUCACCAUUUAAAACGACGAACAAGACAUCAGUCGAAGAACUAAGAAUGCUGGGAAUUUCCUUGAGCUACCCCUUUAGUAAUCUUGACAUCAAUACACGCACUAAGUUUAUUGAAGCCGCCAUAAAAUCGGAUAUAAAUGGAAUUCUUGACUUGAAACGUAACUGGAACCUCGAUCACUCCAAUUCAUUAGUUGGUUUUAAGAGCUCUGUUCGCCUUAAAGAUAUGAUAAUUGAACACAGUAUCAGCUGUGAAGAAUUCUUUAUUGAAUGUGCGGUUGCUCUCAACAUCAGUAAUUGCUGUUCUUUUUUCCGAACUGUGAUUACACCAUUAGGAGUGUGUUUCACCUUUUCUCCCAACAAAACUUUACAAAGAAAAAUUACUAAAGUCAGCACCAUCGCCGUUAAUUUUCGCCUACCACAAAAUUCAGUUCCUCUGUCUGAAGAAGAAGGAGUAACUGUUGCUAUCCAUGACCCUAGGGAAUUUCCUUCCGAGUCGAUCUUAAAGAGUAAUGUUGGGAUCUGGCCAGGGAUGAAUGUGAGAAUCGCGUUUCAACUUACUCAGACUGACUACACUUCGAAACUUUCUCUGUUGCCUUCCAACAUCUUUAGGAGAUGCAACAACGAAAUUUGGUCAGUUAUCGGAAAACCUUACACUAAGAACAACUGUGAGAUAGAAAACACUAUUCUUCUUGUCCAAGAAUUCUGUAACUGUACUCUCGUAAUUACCCCCUCUGUUGGUGGUGAAAUACGUUACUGUGGAUCAGAAGAUAUCAUCACUUGUUUUAUACCCAAGGCUAGGGAUAUAUAUGCUAAUAUACACUGUACACCAGCAUGUAAAGAAUAUACGUAUGUGAAAAGGACUUCAUACACCAGACUACAAUCUUCCAACAGUGUUACUAGGUCAGAAGCUAUGAAUAUAGAAUUGAUGUUUAAAGAUUACUCCUACAUUCAAGCUAAAUACAACAUCAAUAGCAUAACUGAUGCAAUGAGUGAAAUAGGGGGAUCUAUGGGUCUACUUCUGGGAGCUAGUAUCAUCACUGCUACAGAUAUUUUUCUGUUCUUCAUGAAGAAAACAUAUCAGAAGUUCUGUGACAUGGUUUUCAGUACAAAAAAGUGAUAACUGUUACAUUCACCCAAUAACAGUCACAUGUAAUAGUGUAACACAUUGUGCACUGUGUGUUUCUUAUGUGACGUCUUCACAUAUAAUAUUGCAUCAACCACCUCUAGGUUGUUAAUUUUGAAUAGACACUUCGAAUCUUCUUUACAAAAUGCUUUUAAAUUGUAUUAAAGGUAAUUAUACCAGUCAAAAUUCCAUGCAAUUUUAUCCAAUAAAGUUAUAACUUGUUGGUAGAUUGAGUAGGUUUUGGUGAGAACUCACACACUUUGGAACACCUAGCGUGAAAAUAAAGUAUGGUAUAUAUAU